AUCCAUCAACCGAUCAUUAGACCAUCACUAGCUAGCUUCCACUUCAAUCAAAUUUUGCAGGUGAUCGAUGGCAAGAAAGAACACUAAUGUUGAAGGAGCAAGUUCCCGGCGGCGCAUUCCCGGCGGCUACGUGAGCACCGACGAGGAGGAGGACUACUUUACUUCGGCGGUGGAAGGCGGAAAUGGAGAUGAGUCGUCCGCGAUCAGGUAUUGGUUUGGGAGGAUGACGGCUCCGAACCCGGCCGCCGCCAUCAUCGGCUCUUCUUAUUCUUCUCCUUCUUCAUUGGAGAUGAGCGUCGAAUACAGAUCCGCUGAUGAUGACGAGUCCGAGUUGAACUCUUUACUUGCGACGUUGAGAGCUUCGUCUCCUACUCAUCCUCGCAUGACAGCCGCAACCGUUUCAUCCGAUGAACGCGCCGGCUGGAUGAGACGGCACCCAUCAGCUCUAGACAUGUUUGACCAGAUAAUAAGGGAUUCCCGAGGUAAGCAAAUCGUGAUGUUUCUUGACUAUGACGGAACCCUCUCGCCCAUUGUCGCCGACCCCGAUUCCGCUCACAUGUCCGCCGCGAUGAGAGCAACGGUGAAAAGUCUUGCCUCACAUUUCCCUACAGCCAUAGUAAGUGGGAGGAGUAUAAACAAGGUGUAUGGCUUUGUUCAGUUGCCAGAAUUGUACUAUGCAGGAAGUCAUGGUAUGGACAUUAUAGGACCAUCGAGAGGCCCCCAAUUCAAGAAAGGUGGUGGCACAAAUAAUAUUCAACACCAGCCGGCGGCCAACUUUAUUCCCGUGAUACAACAGGUUUACAAGACAUUGGUGGAGAAAACUAGUCGCAUUCCUUGUGCUAAUGUGGAGGAUAACAAAUUUUGCGUCACCGUCCAUUUUAGAUGUGUGGAAGAUAAGUAUUGGAAGGAGUUAAUCGAAAUAGUUAGAGAGGUGAUGAAAGGACACUCGGGCCUUCGACUAAGCAGCGGUAGGAAAGUGAUGGAGAUUCGGCCCGUCAUUGAUUGGGACAAAGGCCAAGCCCUCACCUUCUUGCUUAAAUCCUUAGGUUACGCUCACUCUACUCGUGUAUGUCCCAUCUAUAUUGGGGAUGAUAGAACUGAUGAAGAUGCUUUCAGGGUGCUAAGAGAAUCAGGCCAAGGUUUCGGCAUUGUCGUGUCAAAACAUCCCAAAGACACGCUUGCUCAUUAUUCCUUACAAGAUCCAUCUGAGGUUAUGUCCUGUUUGCGCCGGUUGGUAGAAUCUCAGAAGAAAACGGGAGGAAGAAUGUUUCGUUUUUUUUGGGGGUGAACGUUAAAUACAAUACUAAUUUGGGUUAAACACCCUUUUCAAUGAGUAUAUAAAUAAUACAUAUAGCAUAAGACAACAAGUUGCAUUUAGAUAUAUGCAAUUUUACUUUACGAAAUACGUAGUAGCAUGUAACAUACUUCCUCCGUUCUUAAAUAAAUGCAACGGUCAACAUUUCACACUUGCCGAGACACAACUUUGACCAUUAAUAUAAAUGAUUUUGAACUAGUAAAAAAUUUUAAAAAAUUAGAUUAUGAAAAUUUACAAUGAGAUAAGUUUAACAAUAUUUUUUUCAUAAAAUAAUAUUAUUACAUUAAUAAAUAAAACGUAGUCAAAGUAGAAUAUGUGAAUAGUGUAAAAGUCAAAAUGUUGCAUUUAUUUAAGAACGGAGGUAGUAUAUGCAUGUACUAUUAUAACCAUAUAGUAGUAUAUGACAGAAUAAAAAAGUAAAGACCUAGCUUUCCUUUUUAUCUUCCAUCGGAAUAGAAAAGUACUACGAGCAUGGAAAGCUCGUAGAGAAGGAUUGGGUUAACGUGCGUAGUAAUUUCACCAAUCUUUCCCAUCUAUUGUACCCCCAUAAACAAUAUCAUGUACUAGUACUUGAUAAUUGAUAUAUAUUGAUAUAUGCAUGGCCUGUUACGCAAUUC